AUGACCGAGGCGCCCAGUAGCAUUGAGGGGCUACGGCCGUCGCUGUCGAGGAGAAACAGCAAGCCGUCGUCGUUGCGCAUAGAUCACAGCCAGGCUGCAUGGAAUGGCGACAUCGUGGUAGAGGAGCAAUCGCCAGUGCGCUCCAAGACUCCACGGGUGAAUGGGCAUCGAGAAGAGCAUGACCGCGCCUCGUUGCGGCCACCGCCCAAUCAGGACAGAACUGCUACAGCUGCCCAUUUCUUAGUCCCAUCAUCAUCCAGCUCGCCAACUGACAUGGAUAACAACGAUUCAAGGAUGAUGCCAAUGAAGUCGCCGUGCUUCGUGCAUUCCCACCUUGAUAAAGGCGCAUCGCUAUCAGAUUGGCUUCAUGCGAAACAAACCGAGGUCCCACAUCUUGACGCAGACGUAGGCGUAGCAAAAUCUCUCCAGCGGCACAAUGCACCUCUGCAUAGGAAGAUACCAGCGCCAGCACUCGAACUGCCUAAUCCUGACGGAUCAGCCGACAUGCUAACCGGGGACGACGACGAGGGAUCUUUCGGCGGUAGCUUGACGAAACAGCUCGCAGAAACAGCUGUGGGUGUCAGGGAAAUGAGCAAGCAGCUUGGUCGUGCUCGCAUUCGCUCUAACAUCCAGCAUGUAUUGAUCGUUACCAAAGCCAGAGACAACAGAUUGAUCAAGUUGACUCGAGAACUUGCUCUCUAUCUCAUGCUUAAGCAUCGUAAUGGUCAUCGCGGUCUUGUUGUUUAUGUAGACCAUCAGCUUCGUCACUCCAGGCGGUUUGAUGCUGAUGGCAUUGAACGUGAUCAUCCUGAACUGUUUAUACCACUACCCAGACGGCGAUCUUCGAGUAGCAAUUCGUUAUCUUCGUUAUCUUCGUCCUCCGCGUCUCAGCCAGACGAUUAUGUCGGAUCCCAUGAAGGUCAGUUACGAUACUGGACAAGUGAAAUGUGCAGUAAAAGUCCGCAUCUAUUCGAUUUCGUCGUUACAUUAGGAGGGGAUGGAACCGUUCUUUUCACUUCCUGGUUAUUUCAACGCAUCGUGCCUCCAGUGUUGCCAUUUGCUUUAGGUUCUCUUGGUUUUCUCACUAAUUUUGAUUUUGCCGAUUAUCAAGCUGUAAUGGACUCUGCCAUUGACGCUGGUAUUCGCGUGAACCUUCGCAUGAGGUUCACAUGCACUGUUUAUAGAGCUGUUUUUGAGAAGGGCAAAGGUCGGAAAGCAGUCAAGAAAGGUGAAACUGGAGAGAUCAUGAUGAAAAACAUGGAGAAAGGAGGGUGGGAGGCUCUAGAGGGUGGCUGGUCCGGAGGUUUCUCUAUGCCGGAUGGAGAGAAGUCUACCAAGGAUAAGGAGAUUAUGUGCUUCACGACUAGGCCAGUGGAGACAUUCGAGGUACUCAAUGACCUUGUUGUGGAUCGGGGGCCCAGCCCUUACGUCAGUUUGUUGGAACUAUUUGGCGACGAGCACCACAUGACAACUGUUCAGGCUGAUGGGCUCACUGUUUCCACUCCAACAGGGUCAACUGCCUAUUCCUUAUCCGCUGGCGGUUCUCUCGUUCAUCCAGAAAUUCCAGCCCUUCUUAUAACUCCAAUAUGUCCUCAUACGCUUUCAUUCAGGCCCAUGCUUCUGCCUGAUAGCAUGGAGUUGCGCAUAUGCGUGCCGUAUAAUUCCCGUAGCACUGCUUGGGCGUCUUUUGAUGGCCGUGGUCGUGUCGAGUUGAAACAGGGCGACCAUAUUAAAGUAACGGCAUCGAAAUAUCCGUUCCCCACCGUUUGCGCAGAUAAGCAGUCGACGGACUGGUUUCACGCAAUUUCCCGGACGCUCAAAUGGAAUGAACGUGAACGCCAGAAGUCAUUUGUUGUUGUUGAGGAAGGGCCAUCAAAGAAGAAUGUCAAACGCAACGGGUCUUUCAAGAGUAGUUCAGAUCACAUACCCCCCGAGCAACCCUUAGAGGAGGCCCUAGAAGACGAGGAUGAGGAUGAAGUUGCGGAAGACGAUGAUAAAUUCGACAUCGACGAUUCCUCACCUGAGGCUUCAACAAGCAGUGCAUCUGUGCAUAUCCCCAACGAACAGAAUAUGCGUGACGUUCAGGUUGGAGUAGCGAAAGCUAAAGAGCAGGCACUUGACUCGACGAAUGAAGAAUUAACCUCUACACCUGAGAUGGCUGCCUUAGCUUUAAGUCAAGGCAACAGAUUUAUGCGCUCUGCGAAAUCACGGUCACGGUCGCGAUCAUCAGGGCUGAGAUCUGGGGUCGAUACACCUGGUCGAUUUGCUGGUCCCACUCACCAUCCACCACCCAUAAGCGCUCGUCGAGUUGAAUUCGUAUCACAAAUCCCUUCUCCUACAUCCUCUCACUCUUCAAAUGAUUCACUAUCGACUAUGGACCUCGCUCAGCGGGGUACACGAGAUGACAUCCAUUCUCGCGACCAGUAUUUCAGCGCGAAGAGCAGGAUUCCGAAAGACAGAGAUUUUGAUGCGGAGACUAUACAGACUCCAACGAUGCCCCACUUGUCAGGCGACAGAAGGGGUCACCAUCGAGUAAACUCUAAAGACUACGAACACCACCAGCACCGUGCAUUCGCUGUUUGGGGCCACGAUGAAAGUGAUAGCAAUGCGAGCGAUAGCGACGCAUGAUAGAUGUCGAAUUUUUGACGGGCUAUCUCGAUCAACAGUAAUUGUCCAAUUAUCUUGUCUGUGGUUUUCAAAUCUAAGGAAAUGUCUAAUUGUAUCAUAAUUUUGUACCGGAAAGUUCACCAAGUAGAUCUGGAUAUAGACACUGACACUUUCAUUCUUCUGUUCUGUAGUGAUUGUACUUGCGGAGAGCAGUAUUGAACGCCCGAUUACUGAGCGUGUUUCAAUCGUGAUAUAUUUCUGUCUUUAUUGCAUGUACUACAUCGAUAUAGAACCAAUAAAGCUCUUGAUAAGUGCAUAAAUGUCUUCCGUCAACGCGUCUGCGUUAUUCAUACAUUGAGGACCAAGAAAACAAGGUGUGUGGGGGGGCUAGAACUAAAGAAAAAAUAAUAUACCACCAAGGGUAUUCAUAUUCAUACCCAUGCAUCAGGGUCUGCAAUGUUUUUCCACGGAGAGGGAACUGAACUGGGUGGAGCAGCUAAAGUUUGCUCGCUGUUGUUCAAGUUCAGAGAUUCAAUGGCAGCAGCAUAUGAAAGGUCUAAAACAUCAUGACUCGACGCUGAUGUCGAAGACUGAGGAAACUUGGGGAGUGUAAAACUUCCCUGUAAGGCCCUACGCGUUCGUCGUCACUUGAAUCGUCAACAUCAACAUCUUCCCUGACCCUUUCUUGAUGAGCCUGCUCAAUGAGUGGUACAAAUUGGCGAACAGCCUCCUCCAAACAUUGCCUGACAAAAGAAAUUCUAGGACGUUUCCGCCAUUCUGCCUGCCAACACAUCUCCAUCAGGUCCCAAACAAUAUCGGAUAGUCCGAGAGUCAAAGUAUCAAUCGGCCUUGUAGGCCUUAUGCCCAAAGUCACCUUGAAUACCACAGCUGCUUCACGGGCUUGUUCGUGAAAUGGUACCUUUCCGGAAAACCAUACAUAACCAUGGAAAAGGCAAAGAUAUCACUCUCCGCAGAUAGAGGUUUAUCGAGAUCUGAUUGCGCGGGAUGGAGCAUCUCGGGCGCCAUCCACCUGAUUGAACCGUGCACGGCAGAAGAAGUUGUGAUUGCGUUGACAGUGUUCGGAUCAUAAGUAACGGCAGUGAGACCGAAAUCAGACAGGCAUGCACGGCAGUCAUCGCUGAUUAAGAUGUUCUCCUUUGACGUCGCCAUAAAGCACGCCGAUUGAAUGGAGGUAGAAUAGCCCCUUAGAGAU